AUGGUCAAGAACAAUGAAUUGCCUAGUCUCAGCAACCAAGAUCCUACAAAGAAGAGAGCACCUGUUUCAGUCAGAAAGAGACUGCCUGAUCCAGAAAUCUGGGAUACUUUAAACAAGAAAGUACUUGUUUCAACAGAACAGCUGUCUUCUAUCAUGGACACUUAUGAGUUUAAAGGUCCCCCGAUCAUUUUAUCGGGCAACUACCUGAGUUUUCUAUUUUAAGGACAUGAAAUCAAUGGGGCUCUUGAUACUUCCAACAUUGAUACAAGUAUUCUGGAGGAAUAUAUCAGUAAGGAGGACUCCACAGACAUUUGUUUUCCAGAUCUCCCAGUCUCCGUAAGUUAUUCCAAUCCUCAAGCAUCUGGCAGUGCUUCAGUUGGCCAUCCUAUUCCUAGCGCCCUUGGGAACACAGGCCACCUAAAUAGUCCUUCCACCAGUGGAGUCAACCACCUUUGCCAUGUAACCACCAGCUGUAUGCCAGUCGCAGCUAGACAUGGCGGUCUCGUGCCAAACCCCGUACCUUGUGGUCCAAACCUCAGCGGCCACAUGAACUGUAAUGGCAACAGUGGAAUGCUAACCAAAAGCUAUCCCAGCAACCUUUGCAUGAACAGCAACACAACUGCUAUCAAAGUGGAACCAAAGCCCUCCUAUGCACCCGGCACUUUACCUGAAUCCCCUCCUGAUUCUGGAUCCGAGCCGUACUCCCCUCAACAGGUGAAUGAAUCUCAUCUCUUGCGUACUAUGACGCCUGAGCAUUUAUGUCACAUGACACCCCCUUCACGUCUGGAACAUCCUGCUCAAGCACAUCUCCAACCACCGCACCCUCAUCAGCCACCCAAUGCACAUUAUCCAAAUGUCCCAAGAGAAAUGUACAUGAAGGCUGAGCCAAUGAUGCCCCAAUAUCCAGUAUCGGGAAUAUCUCCAAAUGAGCUCCACCAAGCCCAGCAGUCACAAAUGCUUCAUCAACUUCUACAACAUCAUGGAUCAGAUGGUAUUCCUGUGCACCCAGCCAAGAAGCGGAAACAUUCAGACUCUCCUCCAAACACUUUAAACACUCAGAUAUUGAAUGGAAUGAUAAAACAGGAGCCAGGGUUGAUGCAGGACAGUGACAGCCUGAAUGGCUCUUACCUGGAUCCCAACUAUCAGUGCAUUAAAUGGCAGCCUCACCAGCAGAACAAGUGGGCCACUCUCUGUGAUGUCAACUGCAAAGAUCUGCCCAAUCCCAGUUAUAGAGUCGAUGCUGACAAAGGCUUUAACUUCUCUGUUCCUGAUGAUGCUUUUGUCUGUCAAAAGAAGAACCACUUCCAGGUCACAGUUUAUGUUGGCAUGAUGGGUGAUCCAAAAUACGUGAAAACCCCUGAGGGACUCAAACCAAUUGAUUGUUUCUUUCUGAAGUUACAUGGUGUAAAGUUGGAAGCAAUGAACCAGAGCAUCAACAUUGAGCAAUCACAGUCCGAUCGCAGCAAACGGCCCUUCAACCCAGUCACGAUUAACAUCCCCUCUGAUCAGGUCACAAAGGUGACGGUUGGAAGGUUACACUUCAGUGAAACAACAGCCAACAACAUGAGGAAAAAAGGCAAACCCAAUCCAGACCAGAGGUACUUCAUGCUGGUAGUAGCCCUUCAGGUCCAGGCUCAGAAUCAGAAUCAUCUUGUGGCAGCUCAGAUUUCUGAAAGAAUCAUUGUGCGGGCUUCAAACCCCGGACAGUUUGAGAGUGACACGGACGUUUUGUGGCAGCGCGGACAGCUUCCCGACACUGUGUUCCACCAUGGCCGUGUCGGCAUUAACACAGACCGUCCUGAUGAAGCCCUGGUUGUCCAUGGCAAUGUCAAAGUCAUGGGCUCGUUAAUGCACCCAUCAGACAUGCGGGCAAAGGAGAACAUCCAGGAGGUAGACACCACAGAGCAGCUGAGGAGGAUAACCCAGAUGCGGCUGGUCCAGUACCAAUACAAACCUGAGUUUGCUGCCACAGCUGGCAUAGAGAAUGCGCCUGAGACAGGUGUUAUUGCACAAGAGGUGAAGGAAAUUCUACCCGAGGCUGUGAAAGAGACUGGGGAUGUGGUGUGUACCAAUGGAGAGACCAUUGAGAACUUCCUGGUGGUUAAUAAGGAACGGAUUUUCAUGGAGAACGUGGGUGCUGUCAAGGAGCUUUGCAAGCUGACUGAUAACCUCGAGAUACGAAUCAAUGAGUUGGAGACAUGGAGCCGGAAACUGGCCAAACUGAAGCGAUUAGAUAGUAUGAAGUCCACAGUCAGCGGAGGAACUCUCAGCCAAACUGGCAGUCAUUUGAGUCGAGCAGGAAGUGGGCCAUAUAAGAAAAGGCAUCCCAAGGUUGGCAAUAAGGCUCAAUCCAAUGCAGCAGAUCAUGGUUGCCUCAGCCAGAGGUUCCUCCAAGGCACCAUCAUAGCUCUCGUUAUAAUCAUGGCUUUCAGUGUAAUAUCCAUGUCAACACUCUAUGUGCUGAACCUGCGCAAUGAUGAUGGGACAGAAGCUGAUCGAUCACCUGCUGAUGUUAAUCCACGUACAACCUCGAAAGAAAUCCAUUGGCCAACAACGCCUCUCAGUGCGCAGGACACGGUGGUAACUCACCGGCUGCCUGUUGAUAUACCUUCUCCUGCUUCUCCUGUGUCCCACUCCCCUCGACCACUUAGUCUCUGCUACACCCUUCUAUGUGAAGUACUGUGCUGCCCUGUUAACUCUACAUAUCCACCUGCUAGUAGCAUCCUGCCAGUGACUACCAACCCAUUGACCCCUUCAUCAACCAGCACUAACCAUUCCACCGCUGAUCAAGCUGGCAUAUCCUUCACCAGCAAUAUCAAAGCCAAGUCUUCAAUAAAUGAGAAUGCGAACAGCUACAACAGCAGGCAGACAUCUUCCAGGGAUGUGGUUAGCACCUCCAGAUCCAGCUCUAACAGUUACAGUCCCCCACCACAGAUCACCAACAUCCAUGGCAAAUCAAAGUUCCCUCCUCGUUAUGCCAGUACACAAAACAAACUGCCCAGUUUGCCAGCAAGAAGACAAAGAAGCACUGAACAAAUGGACACUACCAACAACAACCCAGACUGGAAGAACACCACCUUGACUUCUAUCCAGAUCAUUGAGGAUGGUCUGGAGAUCUCAGAGCAGUACUGUCUGAGCCAAGGAUCCUGCAGCUCAGGGAAUUAUACAUACUCAAUUCCAGUCAGCAAGACCACACCCAUAGAUAUCACCAUCACUCUUCAAAUGAAGACCUCAGUGCCUCUGGCCGUUUACCUGUGCAGUGUCAACUACGGCAAUUUAUGUGGGAGUAUCUCAAAUACGGACUUGAAAACUGAGACAUCAGUCACCCAGGGAACAACACACAAGUGGCCAUUGGUGGUUGCUCCAUACUUUGAUAUCACCUAUCACUUCCGAGUGGCUGAUCCACAGAGCCAGGCUACAUGCAACAGUGAGAGCAUUUCCACAGGAGAGAUCUUCACACAAUACAGCUUUCACUUCUACAGAGUCUGCAAUUGAACAGGAAAGGGCUCCCAAGUGAGACAGACCACUCACUCUCCUCUUGAAGAGAUACAAUGUCAGCGAGGAAUCUUUUCUGGCCCCAGACAACAAAGUUAUUCAGAAUGACCAAAGGAGAUGUUGGUGUGAUUGGGAAGUUCUGUAUGUCUCACACCCACAACCCUGCA